CGAACUUGGCCGAAAUGCACUUUGUUUACUAAACAUAACGUCUCAAACCCAGAUACCAUACAAAGCUUCGGUGUUCCGGCAUUGUUUUCCAGAUUAUGUGUUUGGUUAUAAUGUGCGCUCUCUGAGUGUCUGUGUUGUCCCACUGUUCUGGAAGGCACCACACGGUAAACGUCAGGAAUGUGGUUUGGUGGUUGAAAUCUCCUGUUAAAGGGACGAAGAGGAUUGAUCCUCAUGAAUGGAUACAUCGAUCUACGUUUACCGUCAUGCAUGCAGCCGGGCCUCUAGCCUGCGCUUUGUACACCUCCAGCGCUUGAACCAGUGUCCCUUCAGUAGGUGGAGGCUCUUCCUCCCUUUAGCCUCCGUUUCUCCCCACAUCCCCCAUCAGCCCCAGAGUUCCCUAUGUUAACCCUCUUGAGCAUGUUUUACUAUAUCUGUCUGCGGCGACGCUCCAGGAGUGGGACUCGAGGUGAGGCUCUGACCAGUCGGCGGGCCGUGGAGUCCGGCCAGAGGGCGGUGUUGCCGGUCAGUGUGGAGGUGGAGCAGUAUGCCAAGGAAGUUCUCGACUUCAGCUCCCAUUAUGGCAGUGAGAAUAGCAUGUCCUACACCAUGUGGAACCUGGCCGGGGUACCUAACGUCUACCCCAGCUCAGGAGACUUCACUCAGACGGCUGUAUUCAGAGCUUACGGAACAUGGUGGGAACAAUGUGCCAGUGCUCCGCCACCUUUCCGUCGCACCCCUAAAGGCUUCCACAGCCAGGAUUAUAUUGAACUGGGCUUCGAGGAGCCCGUCUACCCCACAGCAGUGGAGGUGCUUGAGACUUAUUACCCUGGAGCCAUCGUCCAGAUUCUGGCCUGCUCUCACAACCCCUUCUCUCAGAACCCACCUACUGAUGUCAGGUGGGAAGUGCUGUGGUCAGGGGAGCCCACCAAGGUGCUGACACCCCAAGCACGUCAGUUUUCUCCAACCAUCAAGCAUAUCAGCUUCCCCACUAACCUGCUGCGUCUGGAGGUCAACAGCUCCCUGCUGGACUACUACACCGAGCUGGACGCUGUGAUCCUGCGUGGGGUCAAAGAGAGGCCAAUGCUGGCCCUCUAUAAGAUGCCUAUUAUCGACAUUAAUGACCUGAGUGACAGCGAGGAGGAGCUGUCUGAUGUGGGAGGUCCAUUCAGACAAGGAGGAGACAUCAAGCAGCAGAGGACAGGAAACGGCUUCUUUGACAAACUGCCCUAUGAGCUCAUCCAGCUGAUACUGAGCCACCUGACCCUGCCAGACCUCUGCCGUCUGGCCCAGAGCUGUAAGCUGCUGCACCAGCACUGCUGCGACCCGCUGCAGUACACCCAGCUGAGUCUGCAGCCCUACUGGGCCCGGCUGAGUGACGCCUCCUUGGGACACCUGCAGAGCCGCUGCACCCUCCUCCAGAGGCUCAACCUGUCCUGGACCGGCAACCGUGGAGCUCUCACCCUGACCGGCUUCAGCAGCUUCUUGAAGGCCUGUGGUCUCAGCCUGUGCUGCCUGGAGCUGUCCUGCUGCCACUUCCUGAAUGAGGCCUGUCUGGAGGUCAUCUCUCAGACUUGUCCCGGGCUACAGGAGCUCAACCUGUCCUCCUGCGACCGCCUCCACCCGCAGGCAUUCACACACAUCUCCAAACUAACACGCCUCCGCCGGCUGGUGCUCUACCGCACCAAGAUAGAGCAAACGGCUAUCCUGAGCAUCCUGACUUUCUGCAUGGAGCUGAAACACCUCAGCCUCGGGAGCUGUGUGAGGAUUGAGGACUAUGAUGUUGUGGCCAGUAUGCUGGCUGCUCGCUGUCGCUCACUCUGCUCUCUGGACCUGUGGCGCUGCAGGAACCUGACUGAUCGAGGCCUGGCCGAGCUCGUCUCUGGCUGCAGGCUGCUGGAAGAGUUGGACCUGGGCUGGUGUCCUACACUGCAGAGCAGCACUGGAUGUUUCCAGAACCUUGCCCGCAGCCUGCCCCGCUUGCGCAAACUCUUCCUCACUGCCAACCGCACUGUGUGCGACUCAGACGUAGAGGAGCUGGCCGCCAGCUGCCCCUCACUGCAGCACCUCGACAUACUGGGUACGCGGCUGGUGAGUCCUGGCUCCCUCAAGAAACUCCUCCAGUCUUGUCCUCGACUUCUCCUCCUGGACGUCUCCUUCUGUUCACAGAUAGACAUGCGGGUCGUCCAAGAGCUCUCCGGCCUCUUCCCCAAUGUGGCCAUCAAGAAGAGCUUCACUCAGUGACCCCGGCAUCGUCUCAUUUCCCACAGUCCAGAGGAAGUAAGAGGAGGGAAGUGCUUGCCAGCAGACACUGCCCUAAAGUGAAUCAGAGGCAGGUCAGAUGCUGUAGGAGAUUGCUGCCCUGCCUGCGUCUGUAUCACAGACAAGAUCUUCUUUUAGCGGUCAGUAAAUAAAGCAGUUGUACUGGGUGCGGAAGGUCUUUGGAUCAACUGGCUGAGGAAACAACUACACACUCAGUCACAGGAUUAUAGAAAGUGAGACUUUUUAGUUGUUGUUGGGUUUUUUUUGGACACUUGAAAUCAGGGUCGUCGCAGUAAAGCUGCUUCAUCUUCCCACAAUCUGAAUCACUGCUUAUUUAUUGCCAAGCAACACAAGGCAAGGAAAUAUGCCUUGGUACUGGAUGCAAAACAAAACAUUUGUGAGCAAUCCUCCUUUGAACAUCUUGUUAGGACAACUAAAGAAGGAUUAAAAAACGUGUGAAGCUGCAGUAGGAUUUGGUAGUCACAUAUUUAUGUUAGCUGGUAUCAUAAUUAAAGAUCAGGGCCUUGGUCAGUGCCUUGUCAGAAUGUGCAGCAAUCACGUUGGCUGGUUUAACGCAUGAGGGUCAUUCUGAAGGCAUCUGUCUCCGUCAAGCCAGUUUGAUUUAAUUAUAAGAACUCAUACUUGAUGCUGUCAUGUUCAAAGGUAUCAGGAGCUUUAAUGGGGAAAACAAAGGUGUGAAGCAGCCUUAUUUCAAACAGUGCACUGUGUGGAUUGUGUAAACUCAAACCUAAUCCAAGUAUCUCACGUUAUUUGUUGCUGCACGCCCACUGCAUAACAAUCUUACAUUGGAAAGAAACACUCUUUACACCUGAGAUUUCCUGAGAACAUGUUUUCACUUGAAACACGUGAGAACUUGUGAGAAAGCUGACUGAAACAUUUUCAUUAACACAUGUGCUAUAAAUGACGGAAGUAACACAUACACUGACUCAUUUGAAAUAAAAGAAGUAACACAGUGCGACAGUCUAAAGAUAUACAAUUUAAAAUGAUAUAAAACAGAGAAAAGCAGCAAAUUAGCUGAAGCAAUUAGUAAGUUAUCCAAAUUUUGUGAUUAAUUCACUAUGAUCUAUGACUAUGAUCACUUUCAGCUGUGAUGGACCGGUCUGAUGCAACAAAUGUUGUUUGAUAGCAUAAACCUCUGUGGGGAGAUCUCCAAUCACAGUAAAUGUGCUCCAGUGAGUUUCCAUACAUUUACCUUACAUAUACUGAUUAGAAAAGAGCUGUAACUUAGAUUGUGGCAUUUUAGGUGAUGUUUAAUACAUGUUAAACUCUACGUGAGACUUUUGUUGGCUUAGAUUUGUAGAAAAAAAAAAUCUACCGUGCCUGAUGCAGGUCAAUUUCUGUUUAUAUUUGCCCUUUGAAUUAAACAGGGUGUUUUAUUGUUCUAUUUUUGAUUUUGUAAAAGACAUUUCUAUUUUUUAAUUUGGUAAAAUAAGGGAAAAAUGUAUAAUUUUAAGUUAAUGGUAAAUCAGUAAUUGGAUUGAUAGAUGAGUAUGAUUAGGUCAUACCAAUCAUUGUUUUCAUUGGUAAUUGUUUUGGUUCCAUAAUUUUAAGGUGAUAAUGAGAGAGUUUGGUUUCUAAAGAUAAAUGUUACAUUUGGAAAGCCGUCACUUUCACCGUGCUUUCAUGAUGUUGCAUGAUUUUCCUGUUCUCUUUCACACUGAGCUCUCUGCCACUGCUGUUUGACCACUUACGUAUUAACUACCAAAAUGAAGCUCCACUGACGGGACGGAGUACUGUAGAUUGAGGAUGUUAGUAUGUUAGACAGUGUAAACACUCUCUGUGACCUCAGUAUUUGUCCUGAAACUCAGGGGUUUUAAUAUUUCACCCGAUUUAAAUUCCUUUUUAUUUUCAAUUAUUUUGCUCCAAAAACCAGCACAACAAACAUCUUUACAGACCGAGUCAGCUUUGAGAUCAUCUGUCGUCAGUGUUGCUCUAAGACAACAAAAACAAGACAAAUGAUCAGUCAGCACUGAUGCAAAUGGAAGCGAGAGAAAUUAUAGCUUCUUGAGUGUGGAAUGUUGCACUAAUCGUAUGAUUGUGAAAAUGUAUUUCUUUCCCUGAUUAUUUAGUUUGUGUAAUCUAUGAAGCCACAGUUGCAAACUGGCAGACGUGCUUAAAAGGUAUUUGUUUAAUUUCUGUGAAAAAAAACUUGAAGUUUUUUUUUUUUAAAGCACAUGCUACUAGUCAAUAUUGUGCCUUAUACUGCUGUUUGAAUGUGGCGUGAUGUCCAUGUGGUAUAGAUUGUAGUGCUUUGCUUUUAUGCCCUUCAACCAAAGUAAUACGCAGAAACCUGGUCUUUAUCCCCCUACUAUAUUUGACCGGUUUAAAUGCCAUAUACUGUAUAUCAGCCAUGGUAAUUAAUAUAUAUGCAAAAUGCUAUUUAUUUAUACUUCCCUGUGUGAUUUAAAACUGUAAUUUAAACAUGUUAUCCUAAUAUAUAUGAACAGUAAUACACAUUUGGGGAAAUAUUUUUUGUUCUUCUUUUGCCCAAAUGAGAGAAACCCUCUCACUGCAUUUGGCAUAUUUAGCCGAGCUGAUCAUAAACACUAGAAGUACAUACUUAACCUAGUUUGGCACAAAAAAUGGAGGCAGAGGGAAACUGUUAUGUUAGCACUGUCAACUGUAGAAGUAGAUAUGCUUCCCAAGUCAAAAGUUGCAGAUGCAGAAACAAAUGCAAUGUGUGAGAAAUGGUAACCUUUGGAGGUUUUAAUUAUCCAACAAGUGCGUGACAGUGACAGCAUCCACUAUCACAAAAAGUCCUCUUCUUAAUAUUGGGCUUGUCAGACACAGAACACUAGCUUGCUAACCACAACCCUCAGUCCUAAAAAGUUAUUGUCUAAAACUUAAAUGAAACUGAAUGUGAUCAUUUCCUUAUCCAUUGGAACAUAUAUUCAGUUGAAGUCUGUACAAGCACAAAGUGCAAACUGAUAAAUUUUGUUUCUGUAAAUACUGUAUGCAUUCUGAAUUCUGAAUUGGAUGCAUUGUGUUUUUUGUUGGUUUUACACAGCAUCCCAGCUUUUUGGGAAUCAGGGUGGUAUGGAGAUAUGCUGUGUGAAUAGGUUAGUUUUGAAGCUUUUGGUAUUAAAAAAUAUAAUAUUGCAAUUAAAAAAUGUUUAAUUGUCAAUAGUUUUGCUGUCUAAACUUAUUUUUUGAUUGCAAAGUGCAAAGUCUUGAUCUCAAACGUAUUCUGUUUGAUCACAUAAUAAAAACACAAAGCAACCCUGAAUAUUGGAAGCACAUUUGUGCUUGUCAGUUCUGAUGGUGCUGUGUAGCUAUUUAUUUUUUGGACUUAACAUUCUAUGAAUACAUUGAAAUGACAUAUUGGGUUUCUAAAUUUGGACUGAUAUUUUUUUAAGAGUCAAUAUAUUUGGAUGUAUGUUUUAGGCAAAAAAUAAGUUAAUCAGCAUUGAAGAAUUCAGUGGGUUCUUUUUAACUCUUGUAGCUAAAAUCCCAGCUACAGUCGUGAUGCUAGCAAUUCCCCUGCCUCCAGUCUCUGUGCUAAGCUAGGCUAAACCUGAAUGCCCACAAUUCAAAUAGAUUGGGGUGGAAACCCCCAAAUGUUGGACUGUCCCAUUUAAAUUGCAUUCAAUGAAUAUAUAUAUUUUCUCUUUUUUUCAGUCACAGUUGUGUUUUAAACAGAAUGGCUGUGGUUAGGACAAACCAGCCUUCCCGUUCAGAUGAUGCAAAUGUUACUUCAGUGAGCUGAAAUCGUGUAGUUGAAGAUUAAAUCUUCUCGCAGGCUGACUGGAAGCCAAAAAGUGCAAACAUCACAUUUACCUGUCCCACCUAAACCCAGGAAGUAUUUUCAACUAUAUUGUGACACUAUUACUUCACAAAUCACUAUAGCAACACAGUGAAAACACUGACAAUGUAUAGUAUGUACAGCAACUGUCACUGUCUGACCAAUGAAGCAGUUCAGUUUAAGACCUUCCUGUAUUUGUGUUGUUUUAGCUCCCUACCUUGAGUGAGUGGGACAGCCCUGCUUUCUGUAAUGAAUAUGCAUUGUCUCUUCUCCCAGUCUGGAUGUGUGAUCAACCUUUGUGCCAUUGGUAGGACAUGCAGUGAAGCUCCCUGUGCUGCAGUGUGAAAGCCACUGUUGUGUGAAAAGAUUGUGCCUCUGUCAUGAUGAAACUGGGUGCUUCACUUUCACCAGAUUUUAAAUAAACUGAAGGCUGAUGACUGAUACAGCA